UGAUGUAUCUGUCAGACAAGCCCAACUACCCCCUGCUCCAGACCCUGCUGGACUCUCUACACCAGGACCUGAGGCUGCUGAUGGACCCCCCUGACGGCAGCAAGGAGCACCCUGCCACCACCUGCCUGGAGCUGCGGCUCUGCCACCCCGAUUACACCAGUGGGAUGUAUUACAUUGAUCCUAACCAGGGCAGCACUGCUGAUGCUCUCCUGGCCUACUGCAACUUCUCUGGUACAGCCGCACACACCUGCCUUCACCCCAGAGACGCCCAGAUGCCCACGAAGGCCUGGCUUAUGGAUUCAGAGACAGACAGCUCGUUCCAAUGGCUCAGCAAACAGGAACAAGGAUUUCAGUUCUAUUAUCCAGGGGCCAAUGUGGUCCAGAUGCGUUUCCUGAGGUUGCAGAGUUGGAGAGCCUUGCAGAAGAUCACCUACACCUGCCACCCGGGACACAGACUGGGCCACACAGCCAGGGAGGUCAAGUUCCUGACAGACACAAGGAGACAGAGUUACUUAGGAGCUCUUAACGACUGCAUUCCGGGAGAUGAGGUGGACUCGCUGGAGCCGCGGGAGUUUGUGCUGUGGCAGCCGGGAGAUGAGGUGGACUCGCUGGAGCCGCGGGAGUUUGUGUUUGAAUUUGAGGACCUCAACCUGCUUCCUGUGAGAGAUGUGGCUGUGUUCGGGGGCGGAAAUGUCACGCGCGAGUUUGGCUUCACCAUCGGGCCCGUGUGUUUCAGCUAGAGAGGGAGACAUGGGGCACAUAGGCUCAUUUCCCACCCCCUUGGACUCACCGAGGGAGGAUAAGAGACUGUGUUCAGGACCCCAAAACAGCCGGAGAACAAGAAGACAAAGGGAAUCAAUCGUUCUGGCAUUUUGUGAGGGCAUCACUCCUCUUUCCAUUUGAUAUUUUUGGUGGAGAUCAAUCAAUUCUCUAAUUGACUGGCUCCACAUAAAUUACUCUUUGAGCGUGCAUCAAUUUCCAAAGUUCUUUCGGACAAUUGUGUUUUCGUUUACAGAGACGUUUAUCAUGUAAUGAAUAAUUUAUAUAAUGUUGUUUUGAUUUCUAUAUAAAAUGGUUAUUUUUUAAAUCUUUUUCCAUUUGUUUUCACAGCAACAGUUUAUUAUGAUUUUUUACGACCUAUUUUGUAUAUGAACAGUCCUAUGCCCUAAUGGUCUGUUUUGUGUCCGAUGCAGUGGAUUCAACCUCUCACCAAUGUGGACACAGCUAACGUUGUCCUAUAGAUCAUCACUGACCUUCCCAAAGGUGCUCACUGACAAACCACUGCGCCAAGGAACUCGCUUUUGCGUUGUUUAACUUGUUUCUUUAGAUUAGAUAAUGACCAACCUGUUCUAAAACCCUGAUCUCUUGCAAUUAACUGAUUCCCUCCCUGUUGGCAGUGACGGAGGCACAAAAAAAACUAUUUCAGCCAUCCUUGACAUUUGUACAGUUACUGGCCUAUUUUUUAUUUGUAAAAAGCCAUGCACCGCGUAUUAUCAGUGCUCAUUCUUGUGGUACAGUCUCAGGUGCCGUCUUGAUAUUCAACAUGGCACUGAAGCUGCUGUGCACACUACGUGAUAUAUACUACGUGCAUUCAAAACAUAACUCAAUUGAAGGGCUAUAGAUCUAUUUCAGGUGUUCUAAUAAAGAGGCAUUAUGUUGGACUGCUGGCUCUCCCGCCCAAGCACUUUAGCACUGGGCAAUUGCUUUCCAAGUCAUCAUUUCAUUCAAUCAAUUAGCCUAAGUGAAGAAGCAGCAUACCCUGUCCCUGCAGCUGCUCAGCAAUGCCAGGAUUGCUCAAGAGGUGGGUGUUCAUUAUUGGCCUGUGUUCACAAAGUGUUUCAGAGUAGGAGUGCUGAUCUCAGAUCAGUUUAGCCUUUUAAUCAUAAUUAUAUGGACCGGGGGACCUGAUCUCAGAUCAGUUUAGCCUUUUAAUCAUAAUUAUAUGGACCGGGGGACCUGAUUGUGGAUCAGCACUCCUACUCUGAGACUCUUUGUGAAUAUGGGCCAUUGAGAGCAGUGCAUUUAAUUUCUUUCCAUCAUAUUUUUGAUCAUAAAGAAAUUCAGUAUUGUAAUUGUCUGUCUAUACUUAUGUAGGAACUUGAAUUUGAACACCCUUUGGUCCUGAGAAUUUGCAAACUUAUAGUCUACUAAUGUCCAUUAAUUAUAAUCCACAUAACAAUUCACAUUUCAUGUUGCUGCAGGAUUAUUUUCCUCCUGUAGCGAACUGGUUCAAAUUAAGAUCCUACAUAUGCACACUAUAUAUACAAAGUAUGUGGACACCCCUUCAAAUGAGUGGAUUUGGCUAUUUUAACCACACCUGUUGCUGACAGGUGUAUAAAAUUGAGCACACCGCCAUGCAAUCUCCAUAGACAAACAUUGGCAGUAGAAUGGCCUUACUGGAGAGCUCAGGGACUUUCAACAUGGCACUGUCAUAGGAUGCCACCUUUCCAACAAGUCAGUUUGUCAAAUGUCUGCCCUGCUAGAGCUGCCCCAGUCAAAUGUAAAUGCUGUUAUUGUGAAGUCGAAACGUCUAGGAGCAACAACGGCUCAGCCGCAAAGUGGUAGGCCAUACAAGCUCACAAAACAGGACUACCGAGUGCUGAAGCGUGUAAAAAUUGUCUGUCAUCAGUUUCAACACUCGCUACCAAGUUCCAAACUGCCUCUGGAAUCAACAAGCACAAUAACUGUUUGUUAGGAGUUUCAUGAAAUGGGUUUCCAUGGCCGAGCUGCCUCACACAAGCCUAAGAUCACUAUGCGCAAUGCCAAGCGUCGGCUGGAGUGGUGUAAAGCUCGCCGCCAUUGGACUCUUGAGCAGUGGAAAUGCAUUCUCUGGAAUGAUGAAUCACGCUUCACCAUCUGGAAGUCCGACGGAUGAAUCUGGGUUUGGCAGAUGCCAGGAAAACGCUACCUGCCCCAAAGCAUAUUGCCAACUGUAAAGUUUGGUGGAUGAGAAAUAAUGGCCUGGGGCUGAUUUUCAUGGUUUGGGCUAGGCCCCUUAGUUCCAGUGCGAGGGAAAGCUUAACGCAACAGCAUACGAUGACAUUCUAGACGAUUCAACUUUGGAAACUAGUGUAAAGGCUGUUUUAGCAGCAAAGGGGGGACUUACACCACAUUAAUGCCCAUGAUUUUGGAAUGAGAUGUUCGACGAGCAGGUGUCCAUAUACUUUUGGUCAUGUAGUGUAUGUGUAAUGGCCAACCAACGAACAUGGAAUUCAGGAAGGUCUCAGGGAACAUACAGUAUCUUUGCAUGCAGUAGCUUGCAUUUAGGAACAUGUAUAAUGUUCUGUCUUAUAAGUACUCAACUUCCAAUCAGUAGCCACCUCCCAUAACAAACUCCAGGAAGAACAUUCCAAGCAUUGCAGAUAGAAAUGUUUCAUAGAAGGGUGGACAUCACUAUGUGGAGUACAAGAACAGUGUCCUUUCUAGUGUACAGUAGGGCUUAUUUUUAUCAGCAAAAUAUUGUAUUUUUCACUGUACACACUUGGAUCACUGAUAGGUAAUGACAUUCCUUAGGCUCCUACGGCUGUUGGUGUUUUUGUAAAACAGUGUAUAGGGGUUCAUCCAACCCUAAACACAUGCAAUUACUAGCCUAACAUCAACAUUGAACAUGAUUGCCUUAGCUGGCUGAGACUGAUCAUUGGUGCUUUUUAGUUCUUGUUUUGUACAAAUCCUCAUAAUUUGAGAUUUUGUUAUUACUGUCUUGAAAUUAUAUGCUGGACAUUUUUAUACCUGUGUAUAAUGCAGCAGCUCAUUCAAAGAAAUGUAUCAGCUGAAUAAAAAAAAUCACAUAUCAGUA